CCACUGGGUGGCGCUGCCCGCUCGGCCCGGCGCUCCUGGAGCUGCGAGCCGCGACCGCCGGGAGCGCACCUGCCCCGCCUCCGCCAGGCGGGCCGCGGGGCAUGCAGCGGACCGGGGGCGGGGCUCCGAGGCCCGGGCGCAACCACGGGCUCCCAGGCAGCCUCCGCCAGCCGGACCCCGUCGCCCUCCUGAUGCUGCUCGUGGACGCUGAUCAGCCGGAGCCCGUGCGCAGCGGGGCGCGCGAGCUCGCGCUCUUCCUGACCCCCGAGCCUGGGGCCGAGGCGAAGGAGGUGGAGGAGACCAUCGAGGGCAUGCUCCUCAGGCUGGAAGAGUUUUGCAGCCUGGCUGACCUGAUCAGGAGUGAUACUUCACAGAUCCUGGAGGAAAACAUCCCAGUCCUUAAGGCCAAACUGACAGAAAUGCGUGGCAUCUAUGCCAAAGUGGACCGGCUAGAGGCCUUCGUCAAGAUGGUUGGACACCACGUCGCCUUCCUGGAAGCAGACGUGCUUCAGGCUGAGCGGGACCAUGGGGCCUUCCCGCAGGCCCUGCGGAGGUGGCUGGGAUCCGCAGGGCUCCCCUCCUUCAGGAACAAGUCACCUGCACCGGUGCCCGUGACGUACGAGCUGCCCACACUGUAUAGGACGGAGGACUAUUUUCCUGUGGACGCCGGGGAAGCACAGCACCACCCCCGCACCUGCCCUCGGCCUUUGUGAGCUUUGUGGUCUUCCCAUCAGGAACACUGGAAAGUGACACUGUGUACAUGCUGCAGCUUGGGGGUUUUUUCUUUGUAUUGCUGUUUAUUUUAUAUUUUAAAAAUAUUUUUAAAAAUGUCGAGAUGGGGUCUCACUAUGUUGUCCAGACUGAUCUCAAACUCCUGGGCUCAAGUGAUCCACCCACCUUGGCCUUCCAAAGUGGUGGGAUUAUGGGCAGGAGCCUCCGUGCCCAGGCUGCUGCCAUUUUCAAAUUUCCUCCCUGCCUCAUGUGAGACCACAGGGUUUGGAGAAGCAGUUGGAUCCCACGUGUGGUGAUGCCUCCCUCAUCGGCCUGCUUGGGGUUCUACAGGGGUUGAGGGACCAGGCCUGGCCGGGGCUGAUGGACAGUGGGGACUUUCCUUCUCUCCAUGAUGGCUUUGCAGGGGCUCCAUGGUCCUUCUCUCUGUGAUGGGUUUUUGCACGGGGUGUGCUCUGCCACUGUGGUGGGUGGGUGGAUGCUGCUUCUGUUGCCUCCAGACCUCGGUGCCCACAGCCUUGAGGAUCCUUCCAAUAAAGGUGUCAAGAGCUCA